AUGGCGAUUGAUUUCGUCGGCAUGUUCCAAUUCCCCCCAGAGGUUGCGAAGAUCCUUUCAGAAACUGAAAACAAGAUCAUCGUUGGAGUGAUUAUCUUAUAUACCAUAGGAGCAUACAGUGGGCUUGAGGUUGGGAUCUCCUCUCUCGAUCUAUUCAAACGCCACCGCGGUCUCUACUUUGUGAGCAUGCAAAUUGCCUCCUGGGGGGUCGUGCUAGAUGCCAUCCCGUCCUUGGUGUUGUUUGUUGUUGCUGCACCUCAAACCAAGCUCGGUUUAACGAUCACCGCCGCCAUCGGCUGGGGCUGUAUGGUCAACGCUCAACAUUUCGUCCUUUACUCGCGUUUGCAUCUCAUUUUACCAGAUAUCACCCGUUUUCGCUGGAUCAUUUGGGUGAUAAUUAUCAACGGAGUCGCGGUCUUUGUCACAAUGGUGACGCUGACUUUCGGCUCUGGUCUUGGCAAUGACAAUUUCCGCUUUGCAAUCCCCAUCUUCACGCGAACCCAAGUUUUCAUGCUCCAAGUGCCAGAGUUGAUAAUCUGCACAAUUUACAUCCGCGAGGUGCGUCGUGCGCUGGGGCCUAUCAUCGCGAUUCGGGGGAAGGAAGGAAGAAAUGUGAUCACACAUCUCAUCAUCAUCAACAUGAUCCUUAUUUUUCUGAGCGGCGUUGAUAUCGUGACCACGGUCACAGUGCCCACUCUUGCAGAUCCGUCGAGAACAGUUCUAUAUGGCCUCAAACUGAAACUCGAAUAUGCUAUCCUCAAAAACUUACGCUCUUUCCUUUCCUCACGCACGCCUUGCGUUUUCCAUAGAGGUGGGAAUGGGCCCAGAAACGGACGAGACCUCGAGGAUGCCCAAUCAACGGAUUAUCGACGCCGAUCCAGUCAACUGAAUGUCCACGCCAUGCUAAAUUCACACAACUGGCCAUCGUACGAGCUUGUACCAAGCAUGCCAACACCGACACUGGAUGCGCUCCAUACCUUCGAGUCAGACCCAUUCGCGAGUUGUUUCCAGAGUUCCAUGGCGAACUCCGAGUCCAGGAGAAAGAGACAGCGAGAUUCCCUGAUGGGCAGCACGCCCGAUUUCCAUGAGGUCAUUCGUCAAACCUCGAUCGAGAAUAUGAAUCUGCCCGCCUCGCCUGCACCGACUGUGGUCUCGUUCACUUCUCCUGGAUCACCUCGUUCCGAGCACAGGUUUUCGACCGGCGGCAAUACCCGUGGCAGGACUGGGUCUUCUGAGACCAGGUCGACUAUUGAGGCAGAAUUGCUGGUGGCGCCGAAAUAG